AUGCCCCGGCCCGACUGGGCGGACCGCUACGAGCCGCGGAAGCCGCGCUACCUGAACCGCAUCAAAACGGGCUACGAGUGGAACCUCUACAACCGCGCGCACUACAGCUCCGAGGAGCCGCCGCCGAAGGCCGUCCAGGGCUACAAGUUCAACAUCUUCUACCCGGACCUCGUCGACGCGUCCAAGGUGCCCAUCUUCAAGCUCGAGCCCUGCGCCGAGGGCGACGAGUUCGUCGUCAUCCGCUUCAAGGCGGGCGCGCCCUACGAGGACCUCGCCUUCAAGAUCGUCAACCAGGAGUGGGAGUCCCAGCCCAAGCGCGGCUUCCGCUGCGUCUUCGAGCGCGGCAUCCUCCAGCUCCACUUCAACUUCAAGCGCUGGCGCUACCGGCGCUAG